GUCUGGAUUUCACUUAGCUUCUCCCCGAGUGUAGCAAGUUGCCGCUGAUCGCUGGUGCCAACGCCCGGCGAAAUAGACAGCUAACGUCAGCUAGCGGAGGGACAUUGCUAACUGCAUUCCCAGCAGAAUCAAAAAAAAGUACAGAGAUGCAGACUAUCAAAUGUGUGGUGGUGGGUGAUGGAGCGGUGGGAAAAACCUGCCUACUGAUCUCAUACACCACGAACAAAUUCCCCUCUGAAUAUGUACCUACAGUUUUUGACAACUAUGCAGUAACUGUAAUGAUUGGGGGUGAACCGUACACCCUUGGCUUAUUUGAUACAGCAGGACAGGAGGAUUAUGACAGGUUACGACCACUAAGCUACCCACAGACAGAUGUCUUCUUAGUGUGUUUCUCAAGUGUUUCACCUUCCUCGUUUGAGAAUGUUAAAGAAAAGUGGGUUCCUGAAAUAACUCACCACUGUCCCAAGACCCCGUUCCUGUUGGUAGGCACUCAGAUCGACCUGCGCGAUGACCCCUCUACCGUGGAGAAGCUCGCUAAGAACAAACAGAAGCCGAUCACCCCUGAGACGGCAGAAAAGUUGGCUCGGGACCUUAAGGCAGUCAAAUAUGUCGAGUGCUCAGCCCUAACACAGAAAGGAUUAAAGAAUGUGUUUGAUGAGGCAAUACUGGCUGCCCUGGAGCCUCCUGAACCUAAGAAAAGGCGUAAAUGCGUUCUGCUCUAAGUUCCGUCGCAGCCUUCUCCACACCAGUUUCCAAAUCUAGGUUAACAGUACUGAGGAGGUGUGUUGCACAAGCACAUUCCAACAUGAGUUAAGAUAUUGUGACAUAUUUGCCUUCUGACUGACUUAGCCUAACCUAAAUACAUAUUCAAUGUGUUGAACGUGGUUUUGAGAUGGAGUGACUUGUGAUGAUUUGAUGCCGUUGAAAUGGUUUUACAUGAUGGGAACACUGAAUACUUGUACACAUCAACAAGCUGUUGGUGACAUAAUUAAAUGCAGUUUCAGUUUGACCGCAUUAUGUUUAGAGUUCAUUUUGCAGAAGUGUGAUUCCAAAAGAAAACAAUAUGAAAUGGUAUUUUAAUAGUUUUAUUGUGGGCCCUGUAAUACUCAAACAAGCUGAGUGUGUUGGGUUAGUGAGCGGCUCCAGUCAUGUAUUAGUGUGUGCUCCAUCUAUUCCUUACUCUUUAAGUAAUUCCCUUGAAGUUUAUCAUGUGUACUAUAUGUUCAACCCUGUCGCACAAGACUGCAUGUGGCUGACACGGCAUUGUCACAGAAAAACAGACAAAUUAAUUUCUUAAAGUGUUAAUAAAAGUUUCCGUAGUUUACUCUUUUUCUUUUUAUAUAUACAUAAUUUCAUGUUCAAUGUCAGCCAACAGAGCCUCUGGGCGGAUCUGAGAAAUAUUUGACACAUGACACUUCUAGGCUAAACUCCCAUCGUAGUUCUAGUUUGCCAAAAAUAUAACUUUAUAAAUUGACACUCGUCAGAAGCUGAUAAAGACGUGGGAAUGAAAAAAAAGUUGUCAAUUCAUCAAACUAUAUGCAAGGAGUUGGAGCACAACAGUUUCCCAGACAUUUACUUUUUGUGACAAGUGAGUUAAUGUGUGUUGAAUGCGUAUCGGAAGUUGUAGUAGAUGAACGUUGGAGGAUUCCAGACUAAUGAACUGUUUUUUAAAGUGAACACCCUUCUUUCAAAAAUGCUAUACAUAGUUUGAAACCCUGUGAAGAGUUUUGAGUGACUGAACUCGCACUGUUUGCAUUUGUCUUUUACUAGAACCGUGCCUGUAUUGUGACGGGCUUGAAUUUGAUUUGUACAUACAGUGAGAAUAACUCAUAACUUAUUGACUGAAUACAAUGUGUGCAUUACAAAUAAAGAUUUGGAGGAAAUGAAGCGACGCUGAACACAAAAUAACCAGGAAAAUGUUGAGAGAACGAGUUACUCUUUGGUUUUUAUUCAAUUUGACAUCAAAGUUGUAUUGUAUCUUGCUUGUGAUGAAGCGCCACGAUAAACCAGUAUUAUGAAUAAACCUAACUUCAAAUACUAA